CUCUUUCUCUCUCGACAGAGCGGCGGCGGCGGCGACCGUGACCGUUCGGCUGUGUCGGCCCUUGGCGACCCGUUUCGGCUUCCCUCUUCUCUGCUUGUGUGUCGGCCCGGACCGGCGGCGCAGCCACCCUUCUGUUUUAAUGGAUAUGUCCCAGAAGGAUCCCUGCCAGAAACAAGCCUGUGAAAUACAGAAAUGCUUGCAAGCCAACAACUACAUGGAGUCUAAGUGUGAGGCUGUCAUCCAAGAGUUGCGUAGGUGCUGUGCUCAGUACCCCAAAGGGAGAUCUGUUGUCUGUUCAGGAUUUGAGAAGGAAGAUGAAGAAAGGCAGAAGCUUAAAUCUGCAUCAAAAUGAAUUUCUGCUCCAUGUUUUUCAUCCAGGAGAUUUUAUUUGGUCUCCUGAACAGGUUUUCUCAGGUAGUCAACAAAAGCCAAAUGGAAAUUCACUUAUAGGUUAGUCAGCAAUGCCACAGGCAAAAGAAUAGAAAAUUAGAAAAAAUCUAGUUUGAAACAAUGAAAAAUGUUUCUCUUUCAAUGUAAACUUUAAAAAAAUGACCUGUUUAAAAUAAACAUGUU